UCUGCAGCCUCGCCCACCAAGUACAGCACAGGCAUUGCCGCACACACUCACCGUCUCGCCACGUGAGAGGAGAAGCCCGCAGCGCCGGUGCUUGAGCGGAUCGGGAAAGGAUGGCCGGCGGCGCGGACGCGGACGGGGAGCGCCGGAUCGGGGUGGCCAUGGACUACUCGGCCAGCAGCAAGCGCGCGCUGGAGUGGGCCGUCCGCAACCUGCUCCGCCGGGGCGACACCGUCGUCGUCCUCCACGUCCAGCGCCACGGCGGGGAGGACGCCAAGCACGCCGUCUGGGCCAAGUCCGGAUCCCCGCUGAUCCCUCUGUCGGAGUACCGGGAGCCGGAGGUGAUGAAGAACUACGGCGUGACCUGCGACGCCGAGGUGCUCGACAUGCUCGACACCGCCGCGCGCCAGCUCGAGCUGAAGGUGGUGGCGAAGGUGUACUGGGGCGACGCCAGGGAGAAGCUCUGCGACGCGGUGGAGGAGCAGAGGAUCGACACCAUCGUCAUGGGCAGCCGCGGCCUCGGCACCAUCCAGAGGAUUCUUCUGGGAAGCGUGACCAACUACGUGCUGUCGAACGCGUCGUGCCCUGUGACAGUCGUCAAGGGAGACCGUUAGGUUUGCCAUCGGUGUGCAUCAGGAUGCGCUUCAUCGUUCUCUGCUCCGUUGCUGCGUCCGAAUAAAGUAUGGAGCCUGUUGUGUUUUCUGUAUGCCGGACCUUGGCAGAUUAUUGUAGUCGUGUAUGUUUCUGAACAUUCGGGUUCAAAUUCAGUAAAGUGUCGUUCUUUUUUUUUU